CGGAAAUGAGUCCGGCGAAGAAGAGACUCUUCCUCGUUGGCCCUUCCCUUUCACCGUCAGGUUCAACUUCAGUUCACAGCAAGUUUUCUCAGCUUCCCUGUGGCUGACAGAAAGAGGAUCGUCACUUAGGAACAAGUUCAACUUCUCUCUCAUCUCAAGGUCCUACACGAUGUCCAUUACCAAGAUCCACGCCCGAGAGAUCUUUGAUUCUCGUGGAAACCCCACAGUAGAGGUUGACCUGUACACCGACAAGGGCUUGUUCAGGGCAGCUGUCCCGAGCGGUGCAUCUACUGGAAUCUAUGAAGCCUUGGAGCUCAGGGACAAUGACAAGUCACGCUACCUUGGGAAAGGAGUCUCAAAGGCUGUAGAAAACAUAAAUUCAGCUCUCGCACCUGCACUUAUUGGCCAAAAUGUGGUUGAGCAGGAGAAAAUUGACCAGAUUAUGCUUGAUUUGGAUGGCACAGAGAACAAAUCUAAAUUUGGGGCAAAUGCCAUCCUGGGUGUCUCCCUGGCUGUUUGCAAAGCCGGUGCAGCAGAGAAAGGCGUCCCUCUGUAUCGCCACAUUGCUGACCUUGCAGGAAACCCAGAGGUCAUCCUGCCUGUGCCGGCCUUCAAUGUGAUCAACGGUGGCUCUCAUGCAGGCAACAAGCUCGCCAUGCAGGAGUUCAUGAUCCUGCCUGUUGGCGCGAGCACCUUCAAAGAAGCCAUGCGUAUCGGAGCAGAGGUCUACCACAAUCUCAAAAACGUCAUCAAGAAGAAGUACGGUCAGGAUGCAACUAAUGUGGGUGAUGAAGGUGGAUUUGCUCCAAACAUCCUGGAGAACAAGGAAGCUCUGGAGCUAAUAAAGGAGGCCAUCGCCAACGCAGGAUACACGUCUGAGGUUGUGAUCGGCAUGGACGUGGCAGCGUCUGAAUUCUACAGGGAGGGAAAAUAUGACCUGGACUUCAAGUCUCCCGACGACCCGAGCCGUUACAUCACUCCUGAUGAGCUGGCUGAUCUCUACAAGAGCUUUGUGAAGGAUUAUCCAGUGGUUUCCAUCGAGGAUCCCUUCGACCAGGACGACUGGGCGGCCUGGACCAACUUCACAGGAAGCACAGAGAUCCAGAUUGUUGGAGACGAUCUGACCGUUACCAACCCGACUCGCAUCACCAAGGCGGUGGACGAGAAGGCCUGUAACUGCCUGCUGCUGAAGGUCAAUCAGAUUGGCUCAGUUACUGAGUCCUUGAAAGCGUGUAAGAUGGCUCAGGAGAGCGGCUGGGGUGUGAUGGUCAGCCAUCGCUCCGGAGAAACUGAGGACACCUUCAUAGCAGAUCUGGUGGUCGGCUUAUGCACUGGACAGAUCAAGACUGGAGCUCCCUGUCGCUCCGAGCGUUUGGCCAAAUACAACCAGAUUCUGAGAAUCGAAGAGGAGCUGGGAGACAAGGCCACUUUUGCUGGAAAAAACUUCAGAAACCCUCUGGCAAAGUAAACGGUUGAAACAUUGACUUCACAGAAGUUCAUUUAUAUACACAAAUCCAUGACGAUAAAUCAAACAACAAUGGAAAUUACAUCAAAGUGAUAAUGGUUAACAUAGAGCUGGUAAUGAAUUAAUAGACUGAGCUUACUGUAGUCACUGAAACUGUAACACACAAGUCUUCUGCUGUAUUCUGUCCUUUUUUGUUUGUUAAUGUGGAGUAAAAUAAUAGAUCUUACUUGAGUAAUAUAUAUUUUUAACACAGACAAAGUGUAAUCAAAGUGCUGCACUUGGAGACAGAUAAUAAAAAAGUUUUCUCAGUGAAACAA